AUGGACUCAACCCUCACCAUCCAUCUUUGCCGCAGCCGCCGCCGCCCCUUUCCNAGAAUCAAGCGCACUCGCCUCGAGUAUACGGUCGACCUUCCCCAUCUACCCUCUCGCAACAUUAUCCACCUUGCACCUCUCAGACUCAAGAUCCCCAAUCACACACCUUGCAUCUACUUUGACGCCGCCAUCGUCACCCACAACAACCAUCAUCAGAUCGUCAUCGUCCUCCUCGCCAUCAACAUGGACGCUCCCAACGCUCCCAAUGCUCCCAACGCUCCCAGCCGCGAACCAUUCAUGGCCGGCGUCAACAGCAUUGGCGCCGAUGGCAGACUCCUUCCUGCCGGCGCCGCUGCCGCCUCCAGAAUGACUGCCGCCUACGCCGCUGAGCAGGAGGCCCGCAGAGAAGCCAAUGAGGAAACCAUCUCCAUGGCCUCUACUGCCGUUGAGGAUCCCAAGGGCGAGCAGGACAUUGCCAAGAAGAAGGAGGGUGGUGAACAGAAGUCACUCAUUCGCCGUCUCUUCGGUGGUGUUGGCGACAAGGUCGCUGCUGCCUUGAAGCGCGAGCAGGGAAAGGAGUACCAGGAGGACCAGUGA